AUGGAAGAUUUGAUUUUUAAUAAUUUUUCUCCGCAUUAUCAAGGAAAAAAUUUUCUACAAACAAUUAAAUCGUUAACAAUCCAUAUUAGUUCUGAAAUUUCAUCAAUUGGAUCAAAUUCUUUGAAUUACGUUAUAUCAAUAGUUGAAGUUACUAUUCCAGAUAGUAUUGUAACAAUAUCUGAUCAAGCAUUUUCAAAUUGCAACAAUUUAAUUAAGAUAACAAUCUCAAACUCAAUUUCUUCACUUCCUGCAGGUAUCUUUUCUGGAUGUUCAAAAUUAGAAUAUAUUGUAACGAACACAUUGAUAUCAAUAGGAAAUAAUGCUUUUUCUGAUUGUUUUUCAUUCAAAAAGAUCGUUUUUUCGAAUAAUCCAGAUCCAACAAAAUAUUUUCUACCUCUUGAUUUGGUAAGUAUUGGUGAUAAUUCUUUUAUUAAUUGUUAUUCAAUCGAAAGUAUUACUUUUGGAAAUUCAUUACAAACAAUUGGAGACUCCGCAUUUAAAAACUGUGUUAUGAAUAGUAUUGUGUUUGGUAAUUUUUUGAACAAUAUCAAAAAUAAUGCAUUUUAUAACUGCAGUCGAAUUGAAGAAUUACAUUUUCCAAGUCAACUAGAAACUAUUGGUGAAUAUGCAUUUUCAAACUGUGAUCUAUUAAAAAGAAUUGAAUUCAAUGAUAAUCUUUUGAGUAUUGGAUCAUAUGCAUUCUAUAAUCUAACUAAUUUAGAUAACAUUGUUAUUCCUUCAACAGUUACACAAAUCGGAUCCAAUGCAUUUUAUUUUUGUAAAAAUAUGAAAUCAUUUUCAUAUAAUUCUUGUAAAAUAACAGCAGUUGAAUAUGAAAUGUUUGCUUUCUGUAGUGCCCUUGAAGCAGUAGAAAUUCCAAAUACAGUUAAAAAUAUUAAAGAUAGAUCAUUCUUCAACUGUAAUAAUUUGUCUUCAAUUACUUUUUCUACUUUAAUUGAAUCAAUUGGAAAGCAAGCAUUCUAUUGUUGCUACAAUAUAUCCAAUGUUAUUUUAGGAGAUAAUCUAAAGCACAUUAACGAUGAAGCAUUUUAUAGAUGCAGUAGUUUAAAGGAUAUUAAAUUUCCAAAAAAAAUUAAUUGA